AUGUUUCAAGGCCUGGUCAGCCUAAGAACUCUCGAAGUUUUCCUCAACGAGCUCACAAGCUUGCCUCUCGGAGUCUUCGACAACCUCAACAAGUUGGAGUACUUGUCUCUAUCCAGCAACAAGCUGGCAAGCAUCCCUGAAGGAUCAUUCAGAAACAUGACAAGCUUGAUGUUUCUGUAUCUAUCUCACAACAAGCUGCCAAGUCUGACAAGCGGGAUGUUUCAAGGCCUGGUCAGCCUAAGAACUCUCUCAAUACAAGGCAACGAGCUCACAAGCUUGCCUCUCGGAGUCUUCGACGACCUCAAUAAGUUGGAGUACUUGUCUCUAUCCAGCAACAAGCUGGCAAGCAUCCCUGAAGGAUCAUUCAGAAACAUGACAAGCCUGAUGUAUCUGUAUCUAUCUCACAACAAGCUGCCAAGUCUGACAAGCGGGAUGUUUCAAGGCCUGGUCAGCUUGAGCAUCCUUGAAUUGAUGGACAACGAGCUCACAAGCUUGCCUGUCGGAGUCUUCGACGAUCUCCAUAGCUUGACCUACUUGACUGUGUCCCGCAACAAGCUGGCAAGCAUCCCUGAAGGAUGCUUUAAGAGCCUCACGAAGCUGAUGAACAUCGAUCUCUCUCAGAACAGACUGACUAUUCUGAGAGGAGAGCAGUUCCGCAAUAAGACAAAGUUGUUGUACUUGUAUGCCUACAACAAUCUCUUGUCCAGCAUCGAGGCAGGUGCGUUUCAAGACCUUAGCAGCUUGCAAACGCUCUAUCUUCAACACAACAGCAUCUCGACUGUUCCUCAAGGGCUGUUCGACAAUCUGACAGCCUUGGACUGGCUGAACUUGCAAAGCAACAACCUGUCGAGCCUGCCGAGUGGAGUCUUCAAUCAAACUGUGAAGCUGAGAGAAGUAUACUUGUCCUACAAUCAGCUCCAGUCGCUGCCUGACGGAAUCUUCGACAACACCCCUCGUCUCCAGUACUUUGACGCCGCUAUGAACAGUUUGUCGAGUCUGCCAUCGGGAGUGUUUCAGAAUCGCAGCAAUCUGGUUCACAUCAACCUC